ACAUUGUUACCAAAAACAAUACUUCUUUCCCACUCUGUGGGGUGUAGUAAUAAAAAAUUUAAAUAAGAAGCUCAACAAGGCUCUACAAAAAUCAUACACUGACCAUCAAAGGAAAAUCCUUUCUGAAGAAUCAGAAUAAGAGGCUCUGAAGACAAUUUUCAGUGGCUGUAUCUGCACUAAUCUAAACAUGAGAAGAAGUUACAGGAAUCACAGGCUUCAUCUGCUCUGUGAGGCCUUGGGAGAAGUCAGAGGCUGAUCCACUGAGGACUAACUGUGUGACAAAUAAAAUGAAGUAGCUCCAUAGAGCGCUGCAGGCUGACACACAGUUGAUGGACUUUCUACAAUCUACAAAUCAUAAUCUGCGUGUGGGGUUGCAGAGAUCAGAGGCCGACGCAUACAGGAAGCACUGUCCUAUAUAUAAAAUCGAGCAGGAAAACUGACAAACACAAACGACGAUCUAUGAUUAAGAUAUCAAAAGCUGCAUACUUGUCUACAUAAAUUAGAGGCGGACUUUGAAUUACCUAGGAGGCCAACAGUUCCUGAUGUUCAUGAUGGAGGUUCAAUCUAGCUAAACAGCUAAAAAAAAAACAUUCAUUAUUUUUGCUCCAGAAAUGGAGAAGACCUUCAUUUCCUGUUUGUAACUCAGACUGCUGAUGACGAUUGUAAACAUUUGAUAAGUUAGUCUUGCUGGAACAUGCACAGUAGACUCACAUGUGAACUAAAGAUGGUUAAAGGAGAGCAUUGUCAGCCAUCUGUAGUCUGUAUCUUCACCACAGAGAUGAGGUAUGUUGAUGCAUGGAUCCACAACAAUGUCAGCACUGAUAAAAAAUGCUUUAUCUGGCAUAGCUGUGGCUGCAUUGUGACCUGAAUUUUGAAAGGGAAUCUCCCUGUGUGUCCUGAAGUAUUGAUUGUAUUGACUGGGAAAUGUCUUUUCACUUACUUCUUGGUGCACAUUUUGCUCUUCUUCUUCUUCUUCUUCUGGUGGGGGUGUAAUUAGCAGGUGGCAAACAACCCACUACUGGACUGGAGUGUGGACAGAAGAUUUGGCAGGCAAAAAAAUCCUCAGGUUCAAGAUGAACAUCAGCAACUCCACACACUGCGACAAGGUCAAUACUGUGGCCCACAUCCUCUCCAUCGUUUUCUACUCUCUGCUGUUUCUGGUGGGUUUGCUCCUAAAUGGCAUCAUACUUAACUUUUACUUCUGCAGAGCCCGGCAGCAGAAAACCAGCAGUGUGACUGUAUACCUGAAGAACCUGGCAGCUGCUGACUUCCUGAUCAGUCUCUGUCUUCCCCUACGUAUCUUGAACCAUGCCAGCAACUCCAACUGGGUCUACUGCAACUUUGGUUCUCCGGUGUUUUACCUCAACAUGUAUGCCAGCAUCCUGUUCAUGGGCUACAUUGCGGCUAACAGAUAUCUAAAGAUCGUCAAUCCUCGGGGGACUCUUGUCUUUCGGACCGUACGAGCUGCUCACGUUACCUCCACAGUAACCUGGGUUAUCCUCAUUACCAUGAUGAGUGCCUACACCCUGUUGUCAUUGCUCACCCAGGAAGUCCCAUCUGUCCCCUUCGGAAUGAGCUGCGAUGUCCUGCAGAGCAAACAACUCAAGCUUUUCUACAAAAUCAUCCAUAUCAUCUGCGCCACUAUCUUCCUGCUCAUCCUCCUCUCCCUAGUCUUCUUCUACUAUAGCACCUGCCGCAUGCUGUCACUGGCACAGCAGAGACAGCCAGCCUCCUCCAGCUCCAAGAAACUCACCAAGUCACGCAGGAACAUGCUGGUACUGGUCAGCGUAUUCUGCGUCUGCUUCAUCCCUUACCACCUGGUCCGUCUCCCGUACGCCUUCCUGAGCAAGCAGUUCAUGUGCAGCCAGUUGUUCUUCUACCUGAAGGAGCUGACCAUCAUGGUGUCUGUUCUCAACAUCUGCUUGGACCCACUCAUCUACUUCAUGUUCUGCAAGGCCUUCAGGACACAGCUGAGGGCGAGUAAGAGUUCGUUCAGGACUACACAGGACAUGACACAGGUGGAGAGGAGGUGCAGUGCAGGGUGGAUGACUGUCAGAAUGAAGACCGACACUUGUGACCUGUGACUUGUGCUCUACAGUAAACAAAUUCAGAGGGUAAGGGUUAGUGAUCAAUUUUUUGGUUUGAUUUCUUUUUUAUAAUUUUUGUUGUUUCUGAGUAAUUUUUUCCUGAAUUAUCGCGAACUCUCACAAGAACCUCCAACCUGAAAGUGACUGAAUGUCACUUCUUGUCCACGUAGCCAGCCUGAAUGCAUUUCAAAUGCAUCAUCUUGAAUCUGUGGAGUAUGCCAUAUCUGUCCAACUGAUCAUGGAGAAACAUUGCUAUGUCUAACAGAUUUGAAUGAGCUUUCUUUCUGAACAACUGCAAAGUUCUCAGGUGCCUGCGUAAAGUCGACAAACUAAUGGUAAUACCAUCUAUGUGACUUAAGGACAGGACUAUCUCCCAGUGUCUUAAACCCAGGUCAAAUUAAAACUUGAUUAAACUAAACAAGCCUUCCAUGCUGUUAUAAAUCGAAAGUUUAUUGCGUUUAUUGUUUCAAAUGCGCUCUAAACUAGCACAAAAAACUGAAAAAA